CCGACCAAUCAAAAUGGUGGAGUCCUACGACACCCGGGCCGACAGAUGGGUCGUGUGCAAGGCGGAAGAUAAAUCGCCGAGAGCGUACCACGGUGUGGUGGCCAUUGGCUGCCUCAUCUACGUCAUAGGGGGCUUCGAUGCCAGCGAGUGUUUCAGCAGCUGUCGUGUGUUCGAUACCCGCUCCAAGCUCUGGUCCGAGGUGGCGCCCAUGAACAACAAACG